UCAGAACGAUUCUCUUUUUAAAGUGAAGAAGUCGAGAAACAAAUAAAGAAAACAAAAUCAAAAGAGCUUAAUCAAGAAAGAUAUGUUUCGCAACUGUGACCAGAAGAACAAGAUGCCUAUCAUCAGCUCUCCCAAUACCAAUCCACUGGCUAGUAUGCAGAGCAAGAACAUGAUCGUGGCUCCCUCUCAUCAGCAGCAGCAACAACAACAACAACAACAACAACAGCAGCAGCAGCCGCAUCCACCGCAACUUAAAUGCCCUCGUUGCGAUUCAUCAAACACAAAGUUCUGUUACUACAACAACUACAGCCUCUCUCAGCCGCGGUACUUUUGCAAGGCUUGCAAGAGGUAUUGGACACGAGGUGGGACCCUCCGGAACGUCCCCGUAGGCGGUAGCUACCGGAAGAACAAACGUGUGAAGCGACCAGCAACCUCAACCGCUACCUCCACGGCCUCGGCGACGACUUCUUCAUCCCCUAAUAACCCUCAUCAUCAGAUCUCCCAAUUCUCAUCCAUGAAUCAUCAUCCUUUGUUCUAUGGUUUAUCAGAUCAUGUGAGUUCUUGUAAUAACCUUCCAAUGAUUCCUAGCCGUCUCAGGGAUUCUUCAAAGACUUCUACAAGUGGUUUAGAGAGUGAGUUUCUCUCAUCUGGUUUUAGUGGUCUUGGCGCCCUUGGAUUAGGGUUUCCACAUCAUAUGAGUCAUGACCACACAAUUAAUGGUAGCUUCAUCAACAACUCUACAACAAACAAACCAUUUCUUCUCUCGGGUCUAUUCGGGUCAUUCGUAUCUUCAUCUUCCUCUACUCUUCUCCAGUCUCCACACAAGCCCAUUAACAACGGUGGUGAGAUGAUGGGACAGUCCCAUCUACAAACCCUAGCAUCGCUUCAACACGUUGGAGGUAACAACGACGAUAUGAACAAAGAAAGGAAGCUUGAUCAGAUCUCUGGGAACAUUAAUGGGUUCAUGUCAUCAUCAUCUCUAGAUCCUUCAAACUACAACAGCAUAUGGAAUAAUGCAAGUGCUGUCAAUGGAGCGUGUCUUGAUCAGACAAACAAUGACAUUGGAUCCUCCCUUACCUCCUUGAUAUAAACCAGAACCUAUUGGUUAUAUAGGAUCUAUAACUAAUUAGGGUUUCAUCUUCAUCACUUUUUUUUUUCUCUUUCUGUUUUGAGAUGAGAGAAGAAGCUUGGAUCAGAGAGAUAAAAUCAGGGGCAGUGUUGAUCUUAGCCACUAUAAAGCUCCCUCGGAUCCUCUUCAUCUCACCAUCUCCAUCAUCUUGUUCAAGAAAACAAAAGAGGCUCAGGAUUGAUUCAAGGUUUACUCUGUUCGACUGCUAAGUUUACUUAAGGUAAAUUAUUAGUGUAUGUAUGUACUCUGGUCCUGAAUUUCAUCAUCUUUUCCAUAUGUAGUUCUAAGGUCCAUCACAUGGGCUGAUGUUUUUUUUUCUUAUUGGGGUUUGGGGGUAUAUUUGAGUUUCUCAUGGGGUCCGAGAACUCAAUUAUUUUUUAACUUUCAUAUAUUUUUGUAGUUUCACAUUUCUUUUUUGGGUGGCUUUCAUUGGGUAUACAAACAGAGGGAUGGGUGUGGUUUUGUGUUGUUAUAACUUUGGUUAUCCAUGUAUCAUGUAUGAGUUAUGUUACGAGUUGUGACUGUUCUUCUGGAUA